CCAAUACCUAUCUAAAACUGAAAAAUGAAGUAGACAAGCAAAAGCUACUAGAAAAAAAUAAACAAAUAACUAGACUGGAAGACAAAGCAGACAAGCUGAAAGAUGCAAUACCUACCCAAGACUAG